AAAAAUCAAUUAAAAUCUAAAAUUUAAUCUCUUCCGAAACGUGCGCAUAUAAUUCUCAAAAUCCUAAUCCAGUAUAAACUCAAAACACCUUUUUUAUUUAUCCAAACAAGGAUUGAGAGAGUAACGUUUACUUGCGGGAUUGUGUAUGUAUAUGUUGUAUCUAUAAUAAUCCGUGUUUGGGAGAGGUGUUUGAAUUCUGUUAGAACUAGUAAAACCGUAUUUCAGUAGGACUAAAAACUCACCUUCUCAGCUUCUAUAUAAACCCAUCAGCUAACCCCCUUUUUUCAUCAUCACGCAUACAGUAUUCUUCUCCUCUGUUCCCCAAUUCCUCUCUCUCUCUAGCGAAGAUUUUCCUUCUCUCUCUAGAAUUCUCCUUUUUUGUUCUUCGGUUUCAGCAGUUCUAAGCAGCCAAGAUGCAGGACCACCAAAUUCGAUUCAUCGUCGGGAUCAUUGGCAAUAUCAUCUCUGCGUUCCUCUUCAUAUCUCCAUCGCCAGUUUUUUGGAGAAUAUGCAAGAACAAAAGCACUCAGGAGUUCCACCCAUACCCCUACCUAGCAACACUAAUGAACUGUAUUCUGUGGGUAUUUUAUGGGAUACCAAUUGUUCAUCCUGACAGCACUCUAGUUGUUUCAAUCAAUGGCUUUGGUCUAGCCUUGACAUUGAUUUAUCUCUCCAUCUUCUUCUACUACACUACCAAGAGGAACAGGGUAAUCAUGUGCCUUGUCCUUUUGGCUGAGGCUGUGGCUUUCACUUCGAUUUGCAUUCCCACGCUCCUCGCCGUACACACACACGGCGAAAGGUCCACGAUUGUGGGGACUAUAUGCAUUGUUUUUGGGAUUAUUAUGUACGGUGCUCCUCUGUCAGUUGCUUGGAAAGUCAUAAAGACGAAGAGCGCUGAAUUCUUGCCCAUUUGGCUAUGCGUCACUGGUUUCGUAAACGGCAUAAUCUGGUUCGCGUACGCUUGCCUCAGCAAGAAGAUUGACAUUAACAUUGCUGUUCCGAACGGAGUUGGAGCGCUUUUGGGAUUCAUCCAGAUCUGCAUAUAUGCUUAUUACACCUUCAUCAAUCCUGGAAACAAGGACAAGCCAGCCGAGGUGCAGCUCCCGGAAAAGAAAACCCUACCAGUCUAAUUUUCUUCCAUGGAUUUAGAUUCCGUUUUUGGAGAGUUCUUAGGCUAGACUAUACUUUUUUUUUUUUAGGUUUAUAAUAGUUGCUAGAAGUUUUUGGAUAGUUUUCCUUUUUCUUUUUCUUUUUUUAGAAUUUUUGCAUUUACUUUCGAGGGUUUUUCGCAUUUUUUAAUCAAUAAAAUUUCAAUUUUUUUCCUUU